AAAAAAAAUGGGUGAACCAAGACGUUACGGGUUCCAACAGCCGCCGCCGCCGCCAAAUUGUUGUGAAGAUGGUGGUGGAAUAGAAGAUGGACUAAUUCGAGAUUCUGGACUAAAUCGGGCCGGAUCUGGAUCCGGUGGAAGGCCUGUCAGCUCGACUUCUAAUGAAAGCUGGAGAAAUGUUCCAUGGGGACCACCGGGCAGACAGGGUCCCGCUGUUCACCAACAUCAUCAAAUGGUUCAAGUACAUACACGUCGGCUCGGCGGAGCAGCACCAACAAUGCACCAUAGUAGGCCACCGCCGCCGCCUUUGGACCGACGCCCGAUGUCACCUCAAAACGCCUCAAGACCGCUUCCCGUCCGUGGUACAAAUUAUUCAACGAAUGGAGAUUGGCCUGAUCAACGUCCGACGAUUAUUCAACAAUCGUCAAGAAUUAAUUCGUUUCCGAAUAGACCUGUAGCUAAUAAUAGUUAUCACAAUGAGAAUAUACCAUUUAAGGAUAUUAUUCUGGAGUUACACGAGCACACUGUCCCAUUCAUCGAUUCACAUUGCCACGUUGAUUUCAUGUACAACCAAAUGGUUCAUAAUAAUCCGAAUUCAUCACUCAGUCAUGGCCUAUCGCAUUGGAUUCAUCGAUAUCCAUAUGGAUUUCCGAAAUCUUUUUAUGGAGUCAUUGCGAAUUUCAUUAAACCUUCGCUUUUUGUUGUGAAUGAUGGUGGUGGUGGAAAUGGAUAUGAUAUAGAUUGGAUUAUAAAUGAAAUUGAAUCGAAUAUCUACUUGGGAACCACUUGGGGAUGUCAUCCACAUUAUGCACAAGAAUGGGCUUCAAAAGACAUCUUCUGGCAGACGCUUGAGCACAUUUUAUCGAAUGCAGCCACGUGGAAGGUGUUGGCCGUCGGAGAGUGUGGACUAGAUUUACACCGUUGUAUAUCGGAUCUAGAAGUACAGAAAAUGGUAUUUGAGAAGCAUAUCGAUUUGGCAUACAAGUAUCAAUUACCAUUAGUCAUUCACUGCAGAAGUGGACAAAAAGGACGUGCAGAAGAACAAUGCCUGCGUAUUUUGAAGAAGAAAAUGGACGAAAAUCAUAAAUUCCUGAAAAUCCACCGUCAUUGCUUCACAGAGACUUGGGAAGUGGCACAAAUGUGGAUGAAACAGUGUCCGAACGUCUAUUUUGGCUACACAGCAGCCAUCUUCAAAAUGCGUGAACGUCAGCAGCUCGAAGCGAUUCGUCAUAUUCCACUAAAUCGAAUUCUCCUGGAAACGGACGCCCCGUACUUCAGACCACCCUGCUUCGAAGGAGUCGGCCCGCGAAAUGUCUGUCUACCGGGAAUGGCGAUUGCGACGGCACGGAAAAUCGCCGAGAUUAAAGAACUUCCAGUCGAUGAGGUGCUUCGUGCAACGUUUGAUAAUACUCGUCUUUUAUACCAAAUUCAGGCGUACUGAAUUAAAUUUAUUUCUUCAAAUUUUCGUUUUUUUUUCUGAUCUCUUCGAACUCGAUCUUUAACUUUUUUUUCCAUAAUUUUCUGUUGUCCCUGUCCCUGUCACACAAUGUUUUACGGUUUUAUGAUGAAUGUUUUUUCUCCUUUUUGAAAAAAAAUUGUUGAUUUU